AUGUAUAUCCGCCGACUUUUCGGUGGAUUAUUUUUCCUAUUUUUACUUUGUUCCUGCAUUGCAUUAUUCGUUCUUCAAAGUUUGUAUUUCAUAUUGCGAAAUGCAUCUCAAUCUGAGAAAACUGAAACAAAAACGUGAGUAUUUUGCAGAAUUACAGUAAGAAAAUAAGUUAACUACAUAUUUUCAGAAUCCAUGAUGAUCAGUUGUAUAUUCCUGCUUUAAUCAUCUGCAAUCGUAUGCCAUUUUCUCAAGAUGGUUUGAAUUCAGUGAAUCCAGCAUUGAGGGAAGAUGCACCACUUCGAUAUUUAUUAGAAUGGACAAAUCCAUCGAUGAGAGAAGCUGCUGAUUAUUUUAUUCAACCAGAUACUUUUAUGACACAAGGACAGAAUAUUGUAACACAGUAUUUACCACAAUCAACAAGAAAUCAAAGUAUUCUUUCAAUGCAAUAUCAAUGUCAAUCUGUUAUUAAUAGUUGUAGUUAUCAAGUUUGUUUUUUUUGUUUCAUUCUGAAAAUAGAACAAAAUGGAAUGUUUUAAGGGUAUUCAAAUGUCAUCUUUCGAUUGCUGUCGAAGUCUUUGGUCAUAUUUUCCUUCGAAUGAUGGAUUAUGUUGGAUUUGGAGAGAUUCUAGUAUGUGGCAGAAUUCUACAGGUGUAAAUAAACAAUUCACAAUGACAUUCCAGGUUUAUUUUUCUCUUCAUUUUUAUUUCCUGUAAAAAAUUAUCAUUGAGACAAGUUAUUGUGAAUUUUCAGAUGACUCGAAAUUCGUGGUAUUCUUCAUAUGUUCCAACUCAUCCUGGAAUUGAUGUUUAUCUUCGAGAAGAUAUCAGUGAUGUAACAAGUUUAGGAUCACAAUUAGAAAACCCAAUUAGAUUAACUGAUAAACGUGGAGUUCGAUUGCAAAUGAAAAGAACCGUGAGGAGUUUUUUGUUUAGAAAAUUAUUGAAAUUAAACAUGCAUUUCAGCAAACCGCUGAUAUUCGUCGAUCUGAAUGUGGACAAUCAUUGGGAGAUGCAAGAAGAAGUGAUGAACACGCAUAUAAACAUAAUAAAACUAAUUAUUUGAUGUGUAAUAUUUUAGUGAGUUUUUCGUUACAGUAAACCAUUUUACAAAUGAUAAAAAACAUUUUUCAGGCUGCCACAAAGUACUGUAAUUGUCACCCUUUGAUUGGUGAAAUGUUACAUUAUGACCCAGUUAAUUAUCGGUAUAUUUUAAUUUUUCAAAAAUAUUUCAAAUUGAACUUCUUCCAGUGAUUUCAACUUACGAAUCAGUCAAAGUAGUGUAUGUAGUGUGAAUCAAUAUGAUAAUUGUGCCCGAAGAUAUAUCGAUUUUGCAUUGAUGAAAAAUUGGAAUGAAGAUAUUCCAAAAGAUUUGGAAGGUUAUGAAGAUAUCAAGAAAUGUAGAAGGUAUUUAUACAUUUUUAAGUUCUACGUGUAAGAAUUUCAUUUUUAAUUUUUUUUAGCAAAAAUCAUCGUUCUUGUUUGAUAACAUCGUAUCCAGGAAUAAUCGAAGGAUAUGAUUUACCAGAAGAAUAUCGAGCAACUCAAGAUUAUGUCUCAAGAUUAACAUUAGAAUAUUCAACAAUGAGAACUACACAAAUUUUGAUUUCAAAAGAUCCAAAUAUUUAUGAAUUAUUGAGUGUUAUUGGAUGGAAUAUUGCAUUAUGGUUUUCAGUUGGACACAUUUUAUGGUCAAUGUUUUGGUAUUCAACUGGUUUAUGUUGUGGUUCUGGAAAUAAAACAAGAGUUCAUCCUAUUGAAACUCGAAAAAGAAGUGUUUCUUCGCCAACUCCAAUUGCUGUUGUAAAUGAAGAACCACCGCCAGUUGAAUCAUAA